AUGAUUACAGACCAGAACCAUAAGGAUGCAUUUAGCAAGAACAUGAUCAAGAGUUGUGAUCUUUGGUCAGAUCUUAAUCAUGAUGUGCUUUUCUUAGUUAUGAUGCAACUUCGAGUCAUUGAUUUUCUUGCAUUCAGCAGAGUUUGUAAGUCAUGGAGAUCACUCACCCUAUCUAACAAGAACAAGUUUAUAGUGUCCAGGCCACCAAUGACUAUAUCUAUCUCUACCGAUGCUAAUGAGAAUGAGCCCUAUCUAUAUCUAGAGGACUUUGAAGGAAGAAAGUUGAAAACUAUUCUUCCUCAUUUUGAUUAUAAGGAAUGUGUUGGAGUAAGUUGUGGUUACUUGAUUCUGAUGGGUGAGGAAACCAAUGACUUCUUGCUUGUGAAUCCUAUAACAAGGCAUGAAUUUCAUGUCCCUUUCCCUGGUGUCCACUUUUACACUAAUGUUAUGGGGGUUAUCCUUGUCUUUUCACCUUCAAUAUCUGCGUGGGUGUUUGUUGUGAUCAAUAGAUUUCUUUACAAAAUAUGGUUUUAUAUAGCUGGUAAACAAGAAUGGACUUGUGUCUCCACCCCUUUACGCAUAUAUGAUUUACAUGUUUUCAAGGGGAAGAUAUAUACCCUACACUCCAUUAAUCGUUUAAGUGAAGUGAGACUUUUUCCAACACCCAAAGUGACGUUACUUGAAAUAAAAAAUUCUCCCAAGACAGGCCCUCAUAAUACUUGGCUUGUAAGUUCGGGUGAAAAUCUUUAUAUGAUAAACCGAAUUUCAGGAUUUCCAUUCAAGAUUCAAGAAAUAAAUGUCAGCAAAAUGGAUUGGAUGUCACCUGAAAAGAUAGGAGAAGAAUUUGCAUUCUUUCUUAGCACUGACCAUGGUGUUGCUCUUAUACGAAUGGAGCCAUGGAUUGAUCUUUACUCACAAUACGGGAAAUAUUAUUUUCCUGUUAAAAGAGAAAAAGGCCGGUUCUUUCAUACAAACAUGUGGUGUGGGGUGAAUUUAUGUUCAUUGAUGAUGAAAAAGACAAAGACAUUAACAGGGUCGGAUAAGUUAAAGAAGCUUAAGAAGGUUUUGAAAUUGAAAAAUGUGCUAAAAAACCGUGAGAAAAAGGGAAAGAAAAUUGACAUGGAUAAGAAGCUAGAGGAUAUUGAUAAAGUCAUAGAUGCUGGCGGAAGAGGAUUAAAUUAUGACCGAAAGAAGAGGAUUAAUCCAAUAGAUGCGUGA